AAUUUCCACAAUUUUAAUUACAUGCACCAACUACCAAACUCAGGUUAUUGGGGCCCCUCAUUUACUAUGCUCAUCUUUAUCCAGUGCAGACUCAUUUAUUUAUAAAUAAGCCGGUUGCUUUGAUAUCAUCUCUCAAUAUUGUACUUGAAUGAAUAUUGGGUUGGGUAGGAUUGGAUUUCACCAUUCAUGGGGAUUCAUCAUCUGAUAAUGUCUACCCUUCUAGUCUUUGCUUUGGUUCUUGCUAAGGUCGAGCUCUCAACAAGUUAUGUCUUGAAGGGCUCUGUCCAUUGCCUUGACUGCAGCAAGUACACCCAUGAUCAUCAUGAUCUUUCUGGUAUUAAGGUUCAAGUGAAAUGCAGUCAAGUGAAGAAGUUGGCCAUGGCAACCACAGGACAAGAUGGCACUUUCCAAACUGAGCUUCCCUCAGACAGUACUCAAGCAACUACACAAACUUCUCCAUCCACUUGCCGCACCAGGCUCUUGGGCGGUCCAAGCCAACUCUACGUCUCGAAAAAGAACAUGGUUUCCGAAAUCGCAAAGGUCCCUUCCGAAUCCAAUUCCUACACUGUCUCCACCCCUCUCAUGUUCUACACAUCAUGCCCUCUGGCAAAAAAUGAUCCAAAAUGUAGGGCCCGAAACGCGGGGGUGAGUUCAUCCAAGACCAUUGAUCUGCCGUUGCCGCCGGAGUGGGGACUUGCUCCGUCAAGCUACUACAUUCCUUUCAUCCCCAUCAUAGGCAUACCAUGAAAUGAUUAUACUGAUAGUAAAUGCUAAUUAAUGUUGUAAGGUUUGUUAGUUUGUAAAAGAGGUGCACAGAAAUAAUGCACAUGAGAAGUGACUGGAAAGUUAAUAUUUGGCCAUAUUCGAAUUCUGACGUUAUAGAACCGUGCCCGGAAUGAAUUUGGAGCCAAAUAUUGAUUUUUCUGUACACGCCUUGGUGUAUUGGUUUCUGUGGACGUAUCAUCGCUCGUAUGAAUUUAAAUUAUGAUGUGCUUGCAUGUUAGGGAGAGAAGAUCAAUAGGUCUUCCUCUUACAUAAUUAAGCUUUGUGAGUCUGUAAGAAAAUGUGUACGUGUGAGACUUAUAAGUUCUUUCAUAUAUAUCAUAGGCCACCUUUAAUUA